AGAUGUUCCGAUGCAACAACCGUACACCGGUGACGUGUUAAAGAACUUCCUCUCUGGAAAGGAGUUUCCUGUGCUGAAAGCAGGAUCCGGUUGGAUAUGCUAAAAGGAGAAACACCAUGAACGUGCCCAAAUCUAGAGUGCUACUACUGGCCCGGCUCUCUUGUGCGUGGCUUCGCUCUAGCUCCUGCCUCUCCUGUUUUCCUGGUCAUCGCGAAUGGGAAAGAAAGGCCGGCUGUGUGCAUCAUUUCUCUUCAAGCACAGCUUCUCUCAAAACAGACUUUCAGAAGCAGCAGGGAAGCCGCCCCUUGCUUCAGCCGGUGCAGAAUGUGGUAUUUAAUAUGAGAAGGCAGUUCAGCCUGUCAGCAGCUGGCAUCGUCAAUUCAGCACCAAAAUCAGUACAGCCCUACCUCAGGCUUAUGAGGUUCGAUAAACCCAUUGGCACAUGGCUGCUGUAUUUGCCCUGCAUGUGGAGUAUUGGUCUGGCCGCAGAGCCAGGCUGCCUCCCUGAUCUCUACAUGCUGAUGCUGUUUGGAACAGGAGCGGUUCUAAUGAGGGGGGCUGGCUGUACCAUUAAUGACAUGUGGGACAAAGAUUUUGAUAAAAAGGUUUCGCGGACAGCAAGCCGCCCAAUAGCAGCAGGAGAGAUCACCCGUUUCCAGGCCCUGGUGUUCCUGGGGGGGCAGCUUAGUGUGGCACUGGGUGUACUGCUGUGUUUGAAUUACUACAGUAUCGCCCUUGGGGCUGCUUCACUGUCUCUAGUGGUAACCUAUCCUUUAAUGAAGAGAAUUACAUACUGGCCACAGUUGGUUUUAGGUCUUACUUUUAACUGGGGAGCCCUCCUGGGAUGGUCAGCAAUUAAGGGGUCCUGCGAUUGGUCAGUUUGCCUUCCUCUGUAUUUUUCCGGUGUUAUGUGGACUUUGGUAUAUGACACCAUAUAUGCUCAUCAGGACAAGGCAGACGAUGUCCUUGUGGGCGUGAAGUCCACUGCUCUCCGGUUCCAGGAGCAGACGAAGCCCUGGCUCUGUGGGUUUAGUGCGGCGAUGCUGUUUGGACUGAUAGUGACCGGGGUCAGCUGUGACCAGACUCUACCCUACUAUGGAGCGCUCGCUGUGGUGGGAGCUCAUCUUGCAUACCAGAGCAUGUCAGACUGCAUUAAACCUUUGGAUUCCGGUGUCUAUGUUCAGAUAAGACUCAGGGGGCUGCAAAACACACACAGUAUAAAAGAGUUCCACUUCCCUCCGAAGAGCACCUGUAUUGAAACAUCCAACGAGAAAGGUGUAGUUAUCUGAAAAUGGCAGCUGUCACUUCCCAGCCCCAGCAUGGUGCUGGCUACCCGCCCAGUGAGUUUCAGACUGGAGUUUUGGACUGCUG